CCCGCUCGCCUCGGAACCCCGGCCCUGUGCCCCUGCGGAUGCCGGACAGCUCCCCGCGCCCCGUCCGGCUCGAGCCCUCGGGAUCCCCGACGCGCCCGCCCCAGCGCAGGGACCGCGGACCCCGACCCCCGCCCCCACCGCCCCGGGCCCCAGACUCCCGGACGUGGUGCUCGGAAGCCCAGAACCGCUCUUCCGCGGACGCCCGGCCUCCACCCCAGCCCGGCCCGGCCCGCGCCCUCACCUCGCCCUCGGGAGCGCAGACCUCCCCCUGCGCACCUAGACUGGCCCCUCUCUCCCCAGACUGCCCCGACCCUACACCUGCGCUCCCCGCAGCCUGGCUUUAGAGCCCCGCCCCGCGUCGCCCCGCGUCGCCCCGCGGGGAUGCCCUCCGGCCCGGAGCCCUCGCCGACGCCCCCUCUCCUUGCAGGGGCGCGAGCGGGCGCGAGGAGGGGCGAGCUGCCGGAGGCCGGCAUGGAGCCCGCAGAGAGGAAGAGGCUCCCGUCCGCUUCCCUGGAAGGAGACCCCGGAGAAGAGAACAAAUUAAAACGAGGAAUUUCCCAAGACUCGACUUCUUCCCCCAAAUUAGACAGAUACAAAAUAGCAAGACAAUUAACAGAAAAGGCCAUCAAGGAAAAGAAGAUUUUCUCCAUCUACGGGCACUACCCGGUGAUACGGGCCACCCUUCGAAGAAAGGGCUGGGUGGAGAAGAAGUUCCACUUUUUGCCCAAGGUCAUCCCGAAUGUGGACGAUGACAAUGCAGGGGUGACUGAACACAAACACACUGAAGGCAAAGAAAAUCAAGAAGCGGCUCUGGAGACGACAGACGACAUCCACGAUGUGAUGUCCAGGUUGGUAAAGAACGAAAUGCCGUACUUCCUCUGGACUGUCAAGAGGGACGUGGUCGACUGUCACAGCCUGAGCUGCGACCAGAUGCUGAACCACUACGGGAAGACGGCCUCCUUCACCACCAAGAUCGGGCUGUGUGUGAACAUGAGGAGCCUGCCGUGGUACGUCCAAGCCGACCCUGACUCCUUCUUCCCCCGCUGCUACGGCCUCUGCUCUGAGAGCGAGAAGCAGGAAUUCCUGGAUGACUUCCGGCGCACGGUGGCCUCCAGCAUCCUCAAGUGGGUGGUCAGCCACCAGAGCCACAGCGGAGGCAAGCCCGGCGGCAGAGGGGAGGCCUGCGACCCCGGCCCCAGCAACCGGAAAGCUUCCCAGAGUGCGGACUCCCGGCUCACAGGCCUCUCGGGACAGCUCGUGGACACUGCGUGCAAGGUGUGCCAGGCCUACCUGGGGCAGCUGGAGCACCGGGACAUCGAUGUCCCCGAGGACGCCGGCAAGGGCCUCACGGAGGACGAGUGGAAGGAGCUGACGGAGCAGUACUACUCCCUCAUUCACGGUGACGCCUUCAUCUCCAGCUCGAGAAACCACUUCUCGCAGUGCCAGGCUCUGCUGAACAAAAUCACGUCCGUGAACCCGCAGACGGAGAUCGACGGGCUUCGCAACAUCUGGAUCAUAAAGCCGGCGGCCAAGUCCCGGGGCCGAGACAUCGUGUGCAUGAACCGCGUGGAGGAGAUCCUGGAGCUGGUGGCGGCUGACCACCUCUCUGCCAAGGACAACAAGUGGGUGGUGCAGAAGUACAUUGAGACCCCGCUGCUCAUCUACGGCACCAAGUUCGACAUCAGGCAGUGGUUCCUGGUCACCGACUGGAACCCGCUGACCAUCUGGUUCUACAAGGAGAGCUACCUGCGUUUUUCCACACAGCGCUUCUCCCUGGAGAGCCUGGACAGCGCCAUCCACCUGUGCAACAACUCCAUCCAGAAGCACCUCAAGAACGACAAGGGCCGCAGCCCCCUGCUGCCCUACCACAACAUGUGGACCAGCACCCGCUUCCGCGAGUACCUGCAGAAGCGAGGCCGCGGGGCCGUGUGGGUGGGCGUCAUCUACCCCGCCAUGAAGCGGGCCGUGGCCAACACCAUGCGCGCGGCCCAGGACCGCGUGGAGCCGCGCAAGAACAGCUUCGAGCUGUUCGGGGCCGACUUCGUCCUGGGCCGCGACUUCCAGCCCUGGCUCAUCGAGAUCAACUCCAGCCCCACCAUGCACGCGUCCACGCCCGUCACGGCCCGGCUGUGCGCGCAGGUGCAGGAGGACACCAUCAAGGUGGUGCUGGACCGCAGGGCGGACCGCAGCUGCGACAUCGGCAACUUUGAGCUGCUGUGGAGACAGCCUGCCGUGGAGCUGCCCCCCUUCCACGGGUCCGACCUCUGCGUGGAGGGCGUCAGCGUGAGGAGAGCCAGGAAGCAGAUGCCGGCCAUCUCCAGCGUGAAUCUCCCGUCUUCCCUCUGGGACAUGCAGCCCCUGAAAGUGAGGUGCCCCUCGGCCAUGCCCAGCCCGCCUCUAGGAGCCCCCCCCACGGUGCCGCAGCAAGACCCGAGGCUGAGCGAGGCGCAGGCCGGGCCCCGCACCUUGCCCGCGCCCCUCUGGAGGGCGGCCGCCAGGAGCCGCAAAGCGCGGUCCGCCACCGCCCCGUCGGUCGGGAAGAUCGAGCUCCCCACUUGUAACUUCCAGCAUGUAGACAGCAGGGCCCUGAAAACUGGUCCGACCGACGCUGAGUCCGACAGACCCUCGGAUCCGAAGAUACCAAACGAGCCCGCGCUGCCGCCUGCGCUUCCCAGCGUGAAGACGGCGGAGGGUGCCCUGCUCCAGCGGCCCAAACCGCCAGUGGUGUUCACUCAGCAUUUGAUCCCCCCAUGUCUCCAGCGGCAGCAGUGCUGGGUUCCUCUGGGGAAGGCAGAACGGGGCUCCAGGUGCGGGCUGGGUUCACAUCUGCUCCGUGUGGCUUCCUGGGGUGUCGUCCUCGCACAGCAGACGGUAUAGACGAGAGAGCAGGCCGGACCACGCGAGCACAGGGAGGCUUCACUCACACCACAUCUGCACGCAUGGGACUGGCCAAAACUCAGGUCAGUGGGCGAGGAAGGAUACGUCGCUACCGGAGGAGGGGGAGAGGCACACGUCUGGAACAAUAACCAAAUACACGGUAGUCGGGUCUCUAGGUCCCCAGGACUCACUCACCUCCUGUCAUCAAGAUAUGCUCCUGCCCUCUGCUCCAGAAGCCUGAUUGUGACGUCAGGCUCCAGCCCCAGAUCUCACGGCUCUACUCAGCUCUGGAUUCUCCAUCAGGCCUCUUCAUCUGGAUAACCGUGAGUCAGGAAGACAAGUCCAGCCGGGAAUUAACCUGGCCUGUGGCUGUUUCAUGGGUGCUAACGGAAGACACGAGAUGCCUAGACCAGAGACCAAGGACGUUAUUACUCAUGGCCCAGCACGAGCAUCAGCACACCUGUGACAGUCCCAGGAAGAGGAGACGCCACGGACCAGUUCGUGUCACCGCCGAGGAGCACUGAUUUGGGGAGUCCGCCGCUUUAACCGCAAGCAGUAAGCAACUCUGCUCUUGACCUGAAGGGAGACACUCUCUCAUCCCUCAGGACUGCUCCCUGCACACAUGACCCUGAGACACGACCCCGGUGAAGGCUAGUCAGAGCCUUGCACUCUCGGCACACCCAACAAAAUGUGUAGGGCACUCAAAAGACCCAUGGAGGACCGUGUCUCCCAACAACCCACCUGCCAGUCCUGCUGGGCCUCUGCUGGGUUUCGACUGGUGAGUACCCCUCUACCGGCCGUUCCGACUCACGUGGCCUGCAGAGGCUUAGACCGAAGCCAUUCAAUUUGUCUGGUUCAUGUUUGUUUAGGGCUACCUUCCUCAGGCUCCAAGUAGCAGGAAGAAGCCAGUCUGCGGCUGUCCCCCCGCCGCCCCCCGGUGCCCAGGCCUAGACGUGUUCUAAGUCCCAGGAGGCCCGGACUGCUUGGAUUUCCGACCGCCAGGAUACGGUCUACUUCAGUCCGGUCCCCGUGAAGACCCACGCAGCUGAAUGUGGGUUGACCUCUGAUCUUCCAUGUCCUUGCCGACAUAGGGCGGAACGGGUGGGCUGAAGGGCAUCCCCGACCCCCACCCCCCGCUGGAGACGGUUUCCGUGGUCCACUCAGCCUGCCCGUCCCAUGUGAACUUGCUUCUCCUGAGCCACCCGAGGAGCAAGGCUGAGAUCUGCAUCCCGGCGGCCGCACCCACAGCCUGCGGGUAGCGGUGGGUGGCCCCGGGGCCGGCUAGACCCAGUCAGCGGCUCCUUGAGCGCACGGCACGCCAGGUCUGUGAAGCAGAGAGCACCGCAGCCCCUGUCCCGCACCUCUGGGCCCCACAAGCUCCCGCAAGAGGCGCAGUCCUGUCCAUCCAUAGCCACAGGACGGGCUCUUGCACCAUCUCCUCCUCCCAUCUGGAACAUUCAUCUCAAGGGCCGGGGCCGCUGGGGUGCACAGUAACCCUGUCUCGGUGCUCCAGGACCCUUGCCUCCCCCGCAGGGGAGUGCGGGUGGCAGGCUGGGAUGGAGUGUGAACCCCGUGGGCCGCCGUCAGGCCUUGCUGCCGGCAGAAGGGUGCACGGCCCAGGGGCUGCCCGGGGGGGAGAGAAGCUCUGUGCCCAGCCAAGAGGACAUGGCCACUUUCCCCUGAAGGAGGUGGGGGAGCAGAACACAGUCCCAGCCCUGGACAGUGCCACGCGGAUGGCAGGAAGCCCGGAUGCCACUGAGCACCCUAGCCACCAGUCCAUCGCCGGUUGCCGAGCUGGCAAAAGGCACGCGACCGCAGAUGGGCCCAGGGUCAGCCGACCGCAGCCUGCAGCCUGCUGCUCUGUGGCCUGAGAGCUGAGAAUGGGCCUUACUUUUUCAAAGGGUUAUAAAAAAACCGCAGCAGAGAGCAUGUGACAGACAUCCCUCUGUCCCUGUCCUAGAAGGUUUGCCGCCCCCUCCACGGAUGGUGCCUGAGACCACGCAGUCUGUCCUGCAGCCACCCCGCUGGCACCCCCUUCGGAUCAGGCGGACUUCCCGCCUCCUGAGUCCCCACGGCUCUGCUCCCUUAGGUCUCCAGGCAGGGCGCGACCGGUCCCUACCACCCACGGGCAGUUCUGCAGCCCAGGCCGCCUGCCGCUCCGGGGACCGCCACGCGCCGGAGCCCAGACUAUGCAGUCGCCCCGUGUGGCCAACAGCUCCUGGCCCCGGAGCUCCAGCCGACAUUUCCCCGACACGGGACUGCACAGCUGGGUCGGUUCAGCCCAGACGAGCCACACUUGCUUCCAGGCUACCGGCUGGGGUCGGGCCAGCUCCCCGGGACCCUCCUCCUUGGGCCAGUGGCUGCCCAGCCUGAGUUUGUCCAAGUCAGCGCGCCAACCCCGCCUGCGCGCCCGGAGCCUCGGCGCAGCGUCCGGGCUGACAGCAGGUGCCCAGCGGGCGGGAGGCUCCGCACCGGCAGGCAGCUCCCGGCCUGCGCUCGCACACGCAGUCCAGGACCCACCUGUCGACUUCGAAGGCAGGAGGGAAGGAGGGAAAGCUGGCUGGGACUUUGGCGGGGAUCACCUUGAAGGGGCAGACCAGUUUGGGGAGAAUUGACACCUUUUAUAUUCGUGUCUUUCAAACCAUGAUCAUGAUCUACUCCAUUUAAUUAAAGCUCAACCGAUUCUUGGUGUUCUGUGGUGUUUUA